CCUUCCACUCCCGGCAGGGAUUUUCUCUUUAGUUUCGAAACAAUGUGUGAAAGCCUGCUCUGCAGAAACAGUAGCCUCAGUAAGUUUAAGGAUGACUGAAGCCGUUUCCUCUCCCGGCGAGGUUUAAGAACUACGGAGGGAUGAACGGAGUUAGACCUAUCGCUGCGUUCCUAGCAGCCAUCCUAUUACAGCCCUGAAUAAAAGCAGGAAUGGCAUGUCUGGCCCGGGUUAAUAAACCCUGCGGAGUGCAUGCCUAAAAGCGCUACGAAACAGCCUUAAGUCAGCUGGAGAAAACUAAUUUCAAGCAUGGCUGUCUAGCGUGCCUGUCAUCCCUAUUAUCCUUCCCAACUCUUUCAGACAUUUUGAGCAGCGAGAAGUAAGCGAUGAGUUAGCAGGGGUUGUGACAUUAAUGGUCCAAAAAGGUUCGGGCACCGGGAGGGGACGAUGACAGCACUUAACAACCGGUGGCAGUUCGGAGGAUUCCGCUGGAUCUCUGUUUGUUAGUAACCUCGGAGGAAGAUGUGACAGCUCUCGGAGAAGCAAACAGCAAGAGCGCAGCGUGGGAAAUCAGCGAGCAGCCGGAGACGAACGGGAGCGUCUCUCCAGCACGUUCUUGACUCAGAAAAGCAAAUACCACCCAAGGACAAAGUGGUCCCAUGGAGGUGACUGAGGGAAAGGCUGGGAAGCCCCUGAUUCCACAGCAGCACGGGCAAGGGUACGCGGGGACGAGCGAGCGCUGGAGAAAGAGCGGCACGCCUGCCCCCGCACAGCCCUGACGUUCCGGGGCGCAGAGGCUGAACGGGCAGCGAGGUGCUCUUCACAGCACAGUACUGGGACUGCCCCAGCCCUGGGCUCGUUUUUCUGCCUGACUCCCGCAGCUUUCUUCCGAGGAGCAGGUGAGAGGGAUGAGCUUUGCCAAAUGACGGAGGAGGCACCUACUCCACACGGAGCAUCCUGCCCUCGAGGAAAUAGCCAUCAUGCCCCAGAGGAGCCAUGGCAGCCAAGGAUGCGCAGGCAGAGCGGAUUUCAAGAGGAGUUUUUAUAAACGUGGGGAGAACAAGGAGCUUCGUGAAAUAAAGUUUGGAGAGAGACAGCUCAGCUUUUUUUGGGUUGAGUUUAUUCAGAGGGUCUUCACACCCACUUCCUUCUGACAGCUUGUUUCUGUGUCGUUGCUGAAUUCUGGUGCUUUGCCUCUAUUUAAAAACCAAAAGUAAUUAAAACUUCCUGGGAACUGUGAAAGCAGCAAGAAACACUUGGACACAUUGAGAGACAAGAUAUUUGGAAGCCUUCUGCUGGUAGAUAGUCUGUUUUCCCAAAGGCGGCAACUACAGAAGUUCAUAGAUGAGAGGGAAAAUCUCCCUGUCACAUCCCAUUGAAAUCUCCAUUUUAGGCACUGCUGCGCCUCUGCUGCUCAGGUCCUUCCAUCGUCCCACUGCAGCGAGCAGAGCCAACACUGGGCAACCCUCUAAAAUGUUUAUUUGGACCAGUGGCCGGGGAUCUACAUCUUACAGACACGAUGAGAAAAGAAAUAUUUACCAAAAAAUCAGGGAUCACGACCUACUGGACAAAAGGAAAACAGUCACAGCCCUAAAAGCUGGAGAAGACCGGGCCAUACUCCUGGGGCUGGCCAUGAUGGUGUGCUCUAUCAUGAUGUACUUCCUGCUGGGAAUCACGCUGCUACGCUCCUACAUGCAAAGUGUCUGGACAGAAGAGACUCAGUGCUCGCUUCUCAAUGCAUCCAUCACAGAAACCUUUAACUGCUCAUUUAACUGCGGCCCAGAGUGCUGGAAAAUCUCUCAGUACCCCUGCCUGCAGGUGUAUGUUAAUCUCACCUCUUCUGGCCAGAAGCUUCUUCUCUACCACACCGAGGAAACAAUGAAAAUUAAUUCUGAGUGUUCGUACAUCCCCAAGUGCGGGAAGAACUAUGAGGAGUCCAUGUCGCUGGUGAACGUCGUGAUGGAAAACUUCAGGAAGUACCAACGCUUCUCCUGCUUCUACGACCCCGAGGGCGUUCAGAAGAACGUGAUCUUAACCAAACUGUACAGCUCCAACGUGCUGUUCCACUCCCUGUUCUGGCCCACCUGCAUGAUGAUCGGUGGGGUCGCCAUCGUCGCCAUGGUAAAGCUGACUCAAUACCUUUCCCUGCUCUGCGAGAGGAUCCAAAGGAUCAGCAGAUAGGAAAGGAGACUCCUCUGAAAACUCAAUGACAGCGAAAAUACUGUUUUUCUCAUUCUUCACCAAAGAACCUUAAGUUUGUAACGUGCAAGUCUGGUAUAAGUUCCUUACUAUAUUCUUCUAAGUAGAGCAAUAAUGCAAAAGCUGUUCUAUAUGCAAACAUGAUGUUAUUAUUAUGCAGACAACUGAAAAAGUUACUGUUUUGUGUUGACCGUCUCUAUGAUCUUGUUUUCUGCUGGGAUUAGUACUUUCUUUUCUACAGCCAAGAUAGGGCUCAGUGUGACUGUUGGCCAAGCUUUUGUCAAUUGAUGUUCUCGGUGUAAAAGAUUCUGGGGAAAUUCACUGCUGGACAAAGGGCAGCCGACCACUUGUGCAUCAUUGUGGUCUCACACCUGGCUCAGUCCAUUUGAUGGAUUUGUGGCUUUGGUUUUUUAAUA